AUGGCAGAAGAGAGCAGAUUCUGCAAAAAUUGUAAACGAGAUGUGUCUGCUGACAAUUUCUCCCUCCAUGAGGCCCACUGCUUGCGGUUUCUCACUCUCUGUCCAGAAUGUGAUGAACCCGUUGCCCAAAAGGAUAUGAAAGACCAUCAAACAGAAGCACACAAGAAGGUCAGAUGCAAUCUUUGUCACCAAAGCAUGCAGCAAUACCAGUUGGAGCAUCAUGAGACCAAAGAAUGCCACAAACGAGCAAUGACAUGCAACAUCUGUGAGCUUGAAAUGCCUUUCAACGAGCUGCAGGAACACUUGAACACCUGCGGUAGCCGAACAGAGCGCUGUUUGGAGUGCAACAAAUACAUCAUGUACAAAGACCUGAACAAACACAAAGAUAUUUGUCAGAGCAGUGGUUUGUCCUGUCAGAAGGAUGUGAACUUUCAAACCAGUGAAGGAUCCACUAAUGCAACAUUUAUUUACCCUACUGGUACUGGUGGCAAUCUUUGUCAGAAGUGCAAUAAGUCAUUCCCAGAUGACCAGUAUUCCCAACAUCUGAAUGAAUGCAGUGCAGCCCAUAAACAGACAAAAGUUCUUGCUGGCCAGUCAGCUUUGAAACUCAGCAGUGAUCCACCACAAUCUUCGUCCUCCCUGGCUCCCUCUUCCAGCUCAGAGAAUCCAAUGGUGUGGAAAGAUGUCCGUCCCAAAGGGAAAGAAAGGGACCAGCCAUUGACCUCCAAAACCUCGCUUAAACCCCCAAGGAACAGAAAGAUGGGCUUUCCCUCUCCUACAAGAGGUGGAGUUUCUACAUCACCUCAAGCUCUUAAAGAUACCGAGUGUUUUGACAUGCUGGUGACCUGUGCCCAUUGCAACAUUCUUCUGCCACUUCCAACCUUUCAGAAACAUGAGGUCAAAUGUCUACAUUUGACAUAUUUGGAAAAUGGUAGAAUGGAACAAAAAUCAAGCCAUGGAGAAAAAGUGUUCAACUGA